AUGAUCGCUUUUAGAACAGCAGCCAUCCUCCUCCUCGCCGCAUUCGCCAGCGGUCGUCCUUCCGAAGAAUGGGAACCAGAAGGUCACUCCCACUCGGAGCAUACAAAACCUUACCAUGUCACUGUGGUGAAGAAGAUCGGUGUGCCGGUGCCCCAUCCUGUUGCUGUCUCUGUCCCGCAGUACGUGAAGGUGCCAAUACCCCACCCUUACCCUGUUCACGUCACCGUUGAGCAACCGAUCCAUGUGCCAGUCUACAAGGUUGUACCACAAAUUGUGGAGAAGCCAGUACCCUACACUGUGGAGAAACCCGUCCCGUAUGAAGUAGAGAAGCCCUACCCCGUCGAAGUAGAGAAGAAAGUCGAAGUCCCCAUCCCCAAACCUUAUCCCGUCCACGUACCCGUUUACAAACACGUCUACCACUACAAGGGUGGCAAGCACUAA